GUGAACAAGUUCAAGUUCAAACAGCUGAUUCGAUUUGUUUUUAAUUUUCAUGUGAUAUAACGAAACCAAAACAAGUGAAGCGGGCGAAAGAACACAUCCAAGAUGUACCAGCACAGCCCAAUGUUGUGGCGACCUCUGCUUCUGCUGCGUGGCCUCUACCUCAGUCAACGCCACCAGAUGAGCCACUACGACGCACUGGGAAUCAGGCGUCAGUGCACGCAGAACGAGAUCAAGGCAGCUUACUAUAAGCUCUCGAUGCUUUAUCAUCCGGACAGGAACCAAGGAAGUGAGAACGCAGCCAAGAAAUUUCGGGAGAUCAAUCAGGCUUAUGAGAUUCUGGGAAAUUACCGGCUGCGUCGACUUUACGACAAGGGAAUCGUACAUACGGCAGGCGCCCAAUAUGCCCAAGAUGUCCACGAUGUAGCGGAACCCGUAGUCGAGGACGAUGCGGAGACUAAGUUUUACAAGUCGCGAUUUCAGAAAUCGCGUGUAUCUGAUUCUGCGGGCCGUACGCCCAUCUAUGACUUCGACGAGUGGUCGCGAAAUCACUAUGGUAAAUCAUUUGACCGGAGACAAGCCGCCCAGGCCAAAUACGAUCGAAUAAAAGUGCAAAGGGAGACCAACAGAAUAUCAGGCCAGACUGACAUGGUCCUGCUGGCCUUUAUCUUUGCCGGAGUGGCCGUAUACCUGAUGUUCCUCGCCGAAAGCUCCUACGACACUCCCAAGCAGAAAGCGAAGGAACGAUACAGACGCGAUCAAGAAGAGCGAGAACAAAAACUAGUCGGGAAGCAAUCUUAGAAUUCUCUAGUCUUCAGCGUACAUAGACUUAAGUUAAAUGAAUUAAAUUCGAAACAAUAUAAUUUUGUGAAUUAAAGAUGUGUCCGUUUUACUUAAGAUGAAUAGCAGCGGGACUUAUACAUAUGUAUAUAAACAUCCAACGGCAUUGUAAUAUCCUUAAUCUGACUCAAGAUCUAAAACAUAUAGACAAAGCCGCAAUUAGAGAUUAGGUCUGUCACUAAUUUUAAAUGUAACAACUUUAUUCAAAAUUUGCCGCUGCGCUUGCGUGCAGUGUACUUUGUGUCAGGACGGGUUUCCAACCCCUGGCGACGUCGACGCUCUUUCUUGGCUAGGAUCCAAUCGCGGGAUUUCUUUGGCGCUUUUCCCCGAGCCUCACGGCAAGCAUCACGUUUCUUUAUAUAGUUUACACGACGUUCCUCUUCAGGUGAGCCUACAAAAGCAAAGAAAAAUGAUGUGAAAGUAAUUAUUAGUUUUCUAUAAUUAUUAUUAUUAAAACUAACCCAAAGCCUGCGGCAGCUCAGCAGAUCCUCCAGUCAUGAGCACCAGGUAGUACUUCUUAGCCUUGGCAGAGUUUGGAUAGUCGACAACCAAUCCUCCGUAGAAUCCCGCCUUCAUGGCUUGCGAGGUUACCAUCUCGAUCUGAUCGGAGUUCUCCGGAUAAAAUUGAAAGACAGCUCGCGCGGUGCGUGUCAGACAGGAAAACAAGGUGGUAAAGAACUUCAGCAGGCGCUUGUGGGGAUUGUGAUACGACUUGUCCGCAUUGCAGAGCCAUUGGAGGGCAGAGAUCGAGAUGGCGCCGUCGAAAGUGCCCGGCUUAAAGGGCAUUCCCUCGCCCAUGUCUCCCAGAAUGACAUCCCCAGCAACCUCGCGUUCCACGGCGAUAUCGAGCAUAGACUUGGAAAUAUCUAUGCCGAUCCACAUGUGCUCGCUGUCCUCAAGAACGCUACCUGAGAGUCCAGAACCACAGCCGAUGUCCAAAAUCAACCGAGACUCAUCAUCAUCCGGGAGCGCCAAUAGUUCCAAGGCACGUUCGGCCAUUUCUACUUGGAUCUCAAUGAUGCGGGUGCUAAAAAGUUCUGGUU